GGCGGGCGGGUGUUUCCGCCGACGGCUCGGGAGCGCCGGAAGCGGCGGGGACUUGCGGGGCUGCCGCGGGGUGCCGCGCAGCGGGAGCGGGAAACAGGCGAGUGGCAGGUAGGUGAAUGGAUCUUCAGAAGCAGAGUUGCUAAAACUGACAGAAAAUGGCCUAUCGAAGAGAUGAAAUGUGGUCUGAAGGGCGAUACGACUAUGAAAGGGUUCCAAGAGAGCGUCUCCCUCCAAGGAUUCAUGCUGAUGGUGAUUACCACAGAAUAGUAAACAUUGUGCCCAAGAAAGCACCACUGCUUGAGAGACCUGGGGACGGGAACUACAGUCGCUAUGAUGACUACGGUCAUGCCGAGUACAGAGACUAUAACGCGGGUCGGAGCUUUGCCCACGACCGAAGAAGUGGCCCUCCACACCGAGGUGUACAUAAGGAUGAAUCGGGAUACAGAUGGGCAAGGGAUGAUCACCCUACAAGACCUGAAUACAGGGACACCAGAGAUGGCUUCAGAAGGAAAAGCUUCUAUUCCUCUCAUUACGCGAGAGAUCGAUCGCCGCACAAGAGGGACUCUCCUUUCUUCAGGGAAUCGCCAGGGAGCCGGAGGGAUUCUCCGCACAGCAGAUCUGGCUCUAGCGUCAGCAGCAGGAGCUACUCUCCUGAAAGAAGCAAAGCCUAUCCUUUCCACCAGCACAGCAGAAAUAUGUCAUCCUUACAUAAAAGAAAUGUUUCUUCUCAGCAAGGUAAAGAGAGGACAGUUCAGUCACUGAAAACAUCAAGGGAUGCAUCACCUUCAGGGUCCACAGCAGUACCUUCAUCAAAGGCCUUGGAGAAGAGCAACAGACUAUCAGAAAAGGAACUUGCAGAAGCUGCAAGCAAGUGGGCAGCUGAAAAGUCAGAGAAGGCCGAGGAAAGCAAUUUACCUGAAAUAACAGAGUAUGAUGCUGGAUCUUCAGCUCCAUUGUACAUUGAGCAAACAGAGGAAACAGAGGCAAAUCUAACAGAUAGUACGGAAUUAUACGAGGACAGCCAGCUCCUAGGUCGUUCAAAAGCAAUUGCAACUAAGACAAAGGAGAUUGAACAGGUCUACAGACAAGACUGUGAAACCUUUGGCAUGGUAGUGAAGAUGCUGAUUGAUAAAGAUCCAUCAUUAGAGAAGUCCAUUCAGUUUGCCCUGAGGCAGAAUUUGCAUGAAAUAGGUGAGCGAUGCAUUGAAGAACUCAAACAUUUCAUUGCUCAGUACGAUGCUGCCAACCAAGACGUAUCAGAGUCCUUCAAAGAGGGCUCAUUCUAAGGACAAAAAUAUGCUUUUAGAUCCUCUGCAUUGUGUCUGCCAUAGUACAUGAAUCUGCUUUUUGUGGGGAAAGAGGAACAUUUGUUCAAGGUUUGAACCCAAGGCCUGUGCUCCUUUCCAACAGCUCAGGUGACUGUUCUUUUGUCCACUGUGGUCUCCACGAUUGUAUUCAUCCUACCUGUUCUUGUUGACAUGUAUUCCUUUGAGAGGAUGUUCUUUUCAAAAAUGCUGUAAAGCAAUGAACUGUUUUUGCAACCUUACACAGUUACCUUGGAAAGAAUGAUCAGUCUGAUGUCUGUACACUUAUGUUUUGAUGCUUACAAGUGUAACUUGAAACAUUGUAUUUUUUAUUAAAAUUACAUGAAGCCGCUCUCAUUCCUCAAGUUAUGCACAAAUAUCUCUUGUUAUCAUACAUGCUAUAGGAAGGGAAAACUUGCAAAAUUGGUCACAAUUAUGAUUUAAAUUAUUUAUUCUGGUUUAAUUUAAAAAAAUCAAAUGAAUUCUGUAAAAUUACACUAGGGUUUAUCUCUUGUCUCUGACUGCCAGAGUAAUUAACUACUUGAUGUAAAAAGUGCUGUAUUUUUGUUCUAAUUGCAGGUUCUACAAAAAGGCCUUUUAAAUUUUGGUGUUUUCCAUAUCAUGACUCAUUACUAGUAAGCAGUAUUAUGUAGGAUGGAUUCCAUUUUUUGUUACUGUUUGCUCUGUUUUUACCUACACUGUACAGAAUGUAGCUGUAGGCAGCCACUGAGCGGGGAAAGGUCGCUUUUCCUACUCUGUUUCUCUCCCCACUUACAGCUUCUCAAGCCUUUUCAUCCAUCAGUUUUAACAAUAAGGAGGCUGUGUGUAAUCUUUAUUUCCAGCUUCAAGGAGCAGGAAUUGGGGUGUCAAGGAUGGACAAGGAAAGUGAGCAGGACCAUCUCUCCAAUAAACCCAGGUGUCUGCCAAGGAAGGCAGGAGCCUCUCUUGAAAUGGAAAAUGUAAAUUCCCUCCCUCUGAAUUAUUGUAAUUUUGAAAUCGAGGGGCUUUCAGGCAAAGAUAUAGGAAUAGGAAUAACAGUUCUUUACUACGAAAAUUAAAAUAAAAAUACAGUAAUACAAAACAACACUGACAGAGUCAGAAUACAACCUAACACCCUGUUAGUCAAGGUGUUGGUAGCAGUCUGAUUAAAGGGUGGCUGCAUCUUCCUGGAGUGACAGAUGUGGUUCUGUUGAAGCAAUGGUCCUGUAGAGGGGUGUAGUUUUCCUCUGAAGGUCCAGCUGUGGUGUAGAUGGGCCUGGUCUUCCUCUGGGAAUCCAGUGGAAAAAGGCUCCUUUGGUAUUCCAAAUCUCAGCUUUUUAUCUAAGUAGGAAUGCUUGGCUCCUCCCCCUGGGUGGAGCAACUCAUGAUGGGAUGGUGUAAUUUUCAGUCAUGCAGUGAGAGUCAAUGGCCCAUUAACAGAAGAGAUCUCCCUGGACUGAGGAUGGGUCCUGGAAGAGAUAAAGAAAACUGCCCCACCUGGUUUUAACAGCUGGCCCAUUAGCAGGAUAUCCCCCCCAGAGUUAUGAGGGACUGGUCAUGGAAGAGAUAAAGAACACUGCUCCACCUGGUUUCAACAGAUGGUGAUAGAAUACAUACUUCUGGUUACAUCUUACAUUGCAACCUAAGAGACCAGGUUGCUUUCAUUUAGGUGGAACAUAAAGUUUAUCUCUAAGCCCUCAAUUUCACUAUCACUUCAAACCUAGGUGAUUCUGGUUAGUGUCUGGCACCACUUUUGCCCUGCUAGAACAACUUGCACUUUGGGAAUAGUGGUUGAGGAAAGCCAAGAGGUUCCCAGUGAAAAAUAUUUAGGAUGCAGUGGAAUCCUGAUGAAUACAUUUAUUAAGGUACUGGUUUUUUAUGAACCUUUUAGGAAAGUGAUAAUGUGAGUCAUAAUCACAAGGAGGUAAGUAUAAGCAUGAUUGUUUUGUAUACCUUUGCAUUUAGAACAUGAGAAACUCUGUAAAAGGACUAAUAACCAAACUCACUAUUUCCAGAUUUCAUCAGAAUGGUGUGCAGAAACACAAAGUAGCAAUGAUUUGGCAUGUACAAGGUACUGUAUGUAUGACAGCAUCUUACACAUGCAAAUCUUGAUAUGGUAUAUUAAAAAUGUAUUGCAUCAGAUUCCUGAGAUGCCUGGUUAGUUCUCUUGUCAGGAAGGGGAAAUUUUGCAGUUGGCUUUGCUUGUUUUCUAAGAGUUCAAAUUGCUCCAAGGAGAUGACUUGCAACUACCCUUGUUAACAUCUGGGAUUGUGUGGGCUGCACAGUGAGUGGGAAUCAGCUCAUGGAUCCUACAGGAUGCUAAUUUGGGGAGGGAGAGAGGACAAGAGAGGCAAGCUGUUGUGACAUAGUAGUGAGACCUGAUCCACUCCUUCUGGCAACAACCUGGUUUACUGAGAUCAGUCAAAGCCUUCUCUGAUGCAGAAGCAUAACUACAGCACUUCACUACUUGCAUACAGGACUGAGAACCUUCAGGAUGUUACAUCUGAGUUUCUACUUUGGGUUAGAAAUGCUAAUGGAAAAAAAAAUAAAAUUGUGUGUAAUAUAUUUUUUAUUAAAAAUUGCCAUUGUUACUGUACAGUUCGUUAGGAGUUUCCUUUGUUAGAAGCCUGAUUGAGUUUACUGUUAUAAAAGUAUCCAAGUUUUCAAGUGCUUUUCUGUAAAGUAAGGCCUAAGGUUUACACUCACAGAAUCAUAGAAUAUCUCAAGUUGGAAGGGACCUGUAGUGUUGGUUGUGUCCAACUCCCUGCUCCUCACUGAACCACUAGGAGCAUUGUCCAGAUGCUCCUUGAACUCUGGGAGGCUUGGGGCUGUACCACUUCCCUGGGGAGCCUGUUCCAGACUAACCAUCCUCUCAUGUCCAAUCUGAACUUCCCCUGAUGCAGAUUCAUUCCAUUUCCUUGAGUCCUGUCACUGGGCACCAGAGAGAAUUCAUUGCCUGCCCCUCUGCUGCCCACCUUGAGGAACCUGUAGAAUGCAGUGAGGUCACCCCUCAGUCUCAUACAGGGUCCUCCUUUCACCAUCUUGAUCACCCUACUCUGGGCACACAAAUAGAUUUAUAUCCUUACAUUGUGGCACCCAAACCAGCCCCCUGCACUUGAGGUGAGGCUGUCCCAGUGCAGAGCUGAAUGGGACAAUCCCCUCCCUUGCCCAGCUGCCAAUGCUGUGCCUGAUGCACCCCAGGAGAGGGUUUGCCCUCCUGGCUGUCAGGACAUUGCUGAUGUGAGUAUAAUUUGCCAUCAACUGGGACUUCCAGGUGUCUUUCUGCAGGGCUGCUAUCCAACUCCUCAUUCCCUAAGUUUUACAGAUAAUCAGGACUGUCCCAGGUGGGAAUGUAGCUCUUGCCCUUGGUAAACUUCAUGUAGCUGGUCAUUGCCUCCCAGCUCCUUAGUCUGUUCAGAUCUCUUUGCAGGACUUUACUCUUGAGGGAGUCCACAGCUCCUCUCAAUUCAGUAUUGUCAGUAAACUCACUCAAUGGGCAUUUGACUUGUCUAGCUCCAUCCAAGAGCACUGGCCCUGAAAUGGAGCCCUGUGGAGUCCUGCUGCUGACCAGCUGCCAGCCUGAGGUAACCCCAUUCACUAUGCCUAAUCAUUUGCUUAAUCUGAAUUUUAUAAAAUUCAUUAACUUUACUUGUGAACUAGGGAGUGUUUUGAGUUUUUUUUUAAGUGCCAUUUCUCUGAAAGGUUUAAUUCACAUUUCUAAGUGAUGAGUAACUGAUUUUCCAUAUAAUAUUUGGCAUUGUGUUGAAUGUUUGCAUUUAACUUUUUGUAAUGUAUGCUUUCAGUUGAUGUAAGUAAAAUAUAAUAUGGAAGUCCCUUAACUUAAGGAAGAAACAUGGCUUUUAUUCUUGCUUGCUUUAAAAGUAUGUAUUUUGGAUUAGAUUCACGUCCUGUAAAAAAAAAAAGUCCCUGGCUAAGUAGUCAGCCUCAGUGGGGCUUUGGAAAGCUGUAGGAAGAGCACUGGGGGAUGGAAACAUGCUGUGAUGGAGGAAUUUAAUUUGUCACCUUCAGAGCUCCUGAAAACAGAAAUUACUCCUAGCACUUCUUAAUGUUGCAGAUACCCUUGAAAAAUUUAAAAGAAGGUGGAAAUUGAAGGAAUCUGGAAAUUUAGUGCUGUGUGCUGAAACUGAAGUGGUUACUUCUGUAAUCUCACUUGGGUGAGUUGGCAGCUUUGGGUGACAAUGUGAGCAGUAAAGGUGAAAAUCAGCAACAAAACCACUGUUGAUACAGUGGAGGUAAUGCCAGGUGUCAGAGAAGGACCAAAUCCUUGUCACCCUCUUGUCUGCAAGAUUUUCAGUUUUGAUAAGGAUAAAGUUUUACCUUAGUAUUUUUUUCUGUUAUGAAGGUUGUACUGGUUGUGGCUGGGAUAGAGUUAAAUGUUCUUCAUAAAGGCUGGGUGCAGUGGUGCUGUGCUUCAGUUUUUCCUGGAAACAUGGUGAUAACACUGGGAUGUUUUAGCUAUUGCUGAGCAGAGCUUACCCAGAGUCAAGGCCUCUUCUGCCUCUCAGCCCACCCACCAGUGAGGAGGGUGGAAGUAUACAAGAUGUUGGGAGGGAACACAGCCAGGACAGCUGAUCCCAACUGACCACAGAUGAUAGGGCAUCAUGCUUGGCAUAAUAAACCAGGGAUAGGAGCAAGGAGUUUGCCAGGGCUGCUGCUCUUCAAGGACAGGCUGGGUAUUGCUUGGCUAGUGCUGAGUUAGUGAGUUUUCUGUUAGCUUCAGGGUUUUCUGUUUGGGGUUUUUUGCUUGUUUGUUUGUUUUUAAUUUAUGAAAUGAUAACUCAGCCCAUGAGUUUUCUUAUUUUUCUUACUUUUCUCUCUCCCAUCCCAGUGAGGGGUAUGAAUAAGGAGCUGUGUCCUGCUUAGGUGCCCACUGGGGUAUAUGCUCCACUAGGAAUAUGGGUACUACUUCCAGUAACAGUAACCACACUUCAGAGCUUUUGUGACCAUAUCUGAGCCUUGUGCUGGUCACAGACACUAUAUCCCAUACCAGUCUCUUCAAGGUGGAGGAAUUAAUUAGAAAUUAGAAUUAGAAGUUGUCAAAAAUAGUAAGAUAUUGUGCAUGUGAGGCAGAAAAAAUAAAG